AUGGUGCGGCUUUUCACGAAGCUUGUCGCAUGUCUUGCUGUACAGGCCGCAGGCGCAUACGUCCAUCCGAGCAUGGUGACUAUCACGAAUGACAUAAGAAGGCAUCAAGAAGCGCCGGUACCGACGCCUCCUAUACAUGGACUGGAUAGGCGCCAAACAGAUGGUGCUGGCCGGACGUAUACUCGUACCAUUGCCCCUGACUCUGUCUGUGGCUACCUUUCAGCCUCACCUGGCAACGACAUUGUCUGCGAAAACGGCGAGCGCUGCAACUGGGUCAAAGCAAAUGGGCUCAAUGCCGUCUUCUGUGGCAUAAGCAAGAAUUUCCUCCCAACAAAGCUUGUGGCUGUAUCAUCCGUACCAGGCACUGACAUCACCGCCGCAAAGACCGAUGGAGCAGCACCAUACUGUCGUACAUACGCUUAUCCAGAAGGCAUACGCGACUACAGAUGUGCCUCGACGCCCGUAACCGUGGCACAAAGUGCGGACUUUACCUAUGAAGGACAGGUAGGCCGUUCUUUUGAGACGACAGUCGUCUCCAAUAUUGCAAGGACGACCGAGGAAUCCCAGAGCGAUUCGACUCCCGCGACAGCCUCCUCGAGAACAGGAACAACACCAAUCUCCACUUCGGAUUCCUUAAAUUCGUCAAACGAGUCGAAAGGAAGUAGUGUGCCAGUUGGCGCGAUAGUUGGUGGUGUAGUCGGAGGCGUUGCCUUGAUCGCUCUCAUCGCUGUCGCCAUUUUCUUCUUUCGUAAAAGAUCCACGCGGAAACGAAACUCGCCGGCAGAGAAUAUUGACGGCGGCUAUCCUUCGGUUCAACAAGUCUAUCCCGAGCCUGACCAACAGGUGUACCCACUACCAUCACCACGUAGCGAACUUGACGGCUCAAAAAGCGGCAUGAUUUCGCCCGUCCAGUCCACAGACUAUGGACGGCCCGAUUCUUCGGCUUAUGACGGUCAGACAGUCAGUGAUAUGCACAGGCCGUACUCGCCGGAAGCCCAGUCUUCAUUCCAACAACCAGUGGCGUACGAGAUGGACCAAGGGAACAGCCACAAUAGGGGACAGGUGCAUGAGAUGGGCUGACGGCUUACCUAGCUGGGCAGAUAUAGAGAGGGCACAUGGUGGUACGCUUCAAUUCACACAU